UUGUUGCAGCUUCUGCAUGACAAAUGAUGAGCUUAAGGUAGGGUUGUGUUGUUGCAGAGACGUGUGAAGGGUGAUCGCUGGUUGGUUGUCCCUCUUCAGCACCCCGGGGCUCUUCCCCCCCCGGACACAGAACGAAUUAAUGGCCGGAAAUCCGAGGAGGGGCGCCGGUCUCAUCGGCUUGAUGAAGGACGCCUUUCAGCCCCACCAGCAGCCUCUCCAGCCGCACCAACCUGCAGUGGUCGAUAAGAAAAUGGUGGAGAAAUGCUGGAAACUCAUGGAUAAGGUGGUGCGUUUGUGCCAGAACCCCAAGGUGGCAUUGAAGAACAGCCCACCCUACAUCCUGGACCUGCUGCCGGACACCUACCAGCACCUACGCACCGUUCUGUCCCGAUACGAGGGCAAAAUGGAGAUUCUUGGGGAGAACGAGUAUUUUCGCGUGGUCAUGGAGAACUUGACCAACAAGACCAAGCAGACCAUGAGCCUUUUUAAAGAGGCCAAGGAGAGGAUGUUUGAGGAGAACUCCCAGCCCAGGCGAAACCUUACCAAGCUGUCUCUGAUCUUCAGUCACAUGCUAGCAGAGCUAAAAGCCAUCUUCCCCAAUGGCUUAUUUCAGGGAGACAACUUCAGGAUCACCAAAGCUGAUGCUGCCGAAUUUUGGAGGAGGUCAUUUGGGGACAAGACCAUAGUGCCAUGGAGGACAUUUCGUCAGGCUCUCCACGAGUUUCACCCGAUCAGCUCGGGCUUGGAGGCCAUGGCUCUCAAGUCCACCAUCGACCUCACGUGCAACGACUACAUCUCUGUCUUUGAGUUCGACAUCUUCACCAGGCUCUUCCAGCCAUGGUCGUCUCUUUUGAGGAACUGGAACAGUCUGGCAGUCACACACCCGGGUUACAUGGCCUUCCUGACCUACGACGAAGUCAAGGCUCGACUGCAGAGGUUCAUCCACAAACCUGGCAGCUACAUCUUCAGGCUGAGCUGCACUCGGCUGGGCCAGUGGGCUAUCGGCUACGUGACAGCUGAUGGGAACAUCCUGCAGACCAUCCCCCAUAACAAACCACUCUUCCAAGCCCUCAUUGAUGGAUACAGAGAGGGAUUCUACCUGUUCCCAGAUGGUCGUGCACAGAACCCAGACCUAACAGGGCUGUGUGAACCUUCUCCACAGGACCACAUCAAAGUUACUCAGGAGCAGUACGAGCUGUACUGUGAGAUGGGCUCCACGUUCCAGCUCUGUAAGAUCUGUGCAGAGAACGACAAGGAUGUGAAGAUCGAGCCGUGCAGACACCUGAUGUGCACCUCCUGUCUGACUGCGUGGCAGGAGUCGGAGGGUCAAGGCUGCCCAUUUUGCCGCUGUGAGAUCAAAGGCACAGAGCCCAUCGUGGUGGACCCGUUCCACCCGAAGGCCAGCGGGGCUUCCUUUGCCGGUUUUCAGGCCUCCAGCAGAGCAGAAGCUGCCGCCAAUGACGAGGACGAGGAUGAUCGCCUGGAGGACCACCUUGUCAUGAGCAGGCUGGCCUGCACCAAGGUAGAGCGCCCGGCGUCUCCAGUGUCUCAGCUGCCUCCAGUUCCCCCCAGACUGGACCUCCUGCAGCAGAGACCCUCCAGCUCUCUCAGCGCACAGACUCAGGGAGCCACAGCCAAGAUGGCAGCCACUCACAGAGACAAGCCUCUACCUCUGCCUCCAGCCCUGAGAGAGCUGCCCCCGCCUCCCCCUCCGGAGCGCCCCUCCCUGGUCGGUCAGGACUCCAGACUCCAGAGGAGGCCGCUGCCCUCCACCCCUGACCAGGCCGCCUGGGCCUCCAACUACAUGGUCCCGCGUCCAGCAACCAAGGUCCUGCCCGCCUUGUCCUCCUCCCCUCUGAACAACGGAACCAGUGGAGAAGGAAGCAAACCCCAGGCGGCCACUAACGUUGUCUACUGCCUCGCUGCAAGAUCUCUGCCAGCGUCAGCGGCGUCGAGUGGAGAGAGGCCGAUGUCUGACAGUGAGGAGAAUGAGUACAUGAGUCCCACCUCUCUUCCUGCUGCCGGGGCCCCCUGGGUCAUAACAGGCUCCCUGGUGCCCCCACCUCCGGCCCAGACCAACCACCACAAUGACGUCAGUGAGGUGGCUGCCAGUGACUCUGAGGAACCCAUAGUCUACGAGUCCAUGUGCAACAUCCAGGCCCAGGCUGGUUCCUCUGAGACGGCACAGGCCUCUGAACCCGACCAACCUCAACAUUCAGCUGCGGUUCCCCAGGACAAGAAGGAGGAGAUCGUUGAGGAGGAUAUUUAUGAGUAUGACUGUCCCAGACCGAUCGUCCCUCCGGCCCCCACCAGGAGAACCCUGUCGGAUAUCAGCGGUCCCACAGCGGCCUUCAGCACUCUCAGCAUCGACAGUGCAGUAGAAGCCAGUAUGUUUUCAGGAGUCGCCGAACCUGAACGCCCCCCCAAACCUCUCCCACGGCGAGCCAACUCCGACCGACGGCCUCGGCCUGUAAACCGUGAAUUUCCUGCUCCGUUGCCAGAACUCCCCGGCCCUUCCUCUGCCUCCUCCUCCUCCCCUCCUCCUCCUCCUCCUCCUCCUCCUCCUCCUCCUUCUGGAAGCCAGACCCUCAACGGGGAGAUCGAAUGCUUGGUGUCCCAGGGCUACUCCAUUCAGGACAUCCAGAAAGCCCUGAUGAUCGCCCAGAACAACCUGGAGACGGCCAAGAACAUCCUGCGCGAGUUUGUCUCCAUCGCCACAUAGUCGCUGCAGACACCCCCCCUCUCUGUCUCGUCUCUGUCUCCACUCUGUGCCAUUAUCAUGGAUAGCAUUUACCAAGCACUUUCCUGCAGGGCCACAUGUACUUUACUCUGUAGAGUGAAGUAAAGUAGCUGCGUUCAGGUCACAUCAGAAGAUGCAGACGAAUGAGAUGACAUCAUCGGCAAGUUCUAGUCUUUGAAACAUCCAAAGUCAUUUGUUAUGAACUAACUGCAGCAGGUAUUUGCUUUUAGAAGUGGAGUUUUGUGUUAAAAUAUAUUAUUUUGAUUAUCUUGGACUACUGUUAUGCCAAUGCCAAUUGUUUGACAUUGAAGCCUCAAAAUCUCUUGUUUACUCGUAAUCGCCACUUGAUGAUUGAGGUUUUUUGGCUCCCUUGAAUAGAAAUAUCCGUCGGUCAGCCCAGAUUGGAUUUACGUUUCCGAUAUGACCUGAACGCAGCGUACACGGAGAAUGGAAGCCUUUUAAUGUGAGCUCUCUGUAGCCAAGUUUUUGACCCUGUUGUACUUUGCUGAGGUCCACUCGUGCCGUGGCGUUGUUCCCCCUCAGUCCAGAGUACUUUCUCUCAUUAAGCUAAGUGUUGAAGCUACAGUGAUCAGUAGAAGGACCCUGCGCAUAGUUGUUUCUGACUCGGUUCCCGUUCAGUUUGGUGCUUUUUUACGGGCUUCUCAGCAAAAUUUGUGGCGUACGAAUAUGUAGCGACGCUAGAUCCGUCGGACAAAUUAGUGAUUAACUCUGUGUGUGUGUGUGUGUGUGUGUGUGUGUGUGUGUGUGUGUGUGUGUGUGCGUGCGCUCAAUGCUGAGGAAUGUGAAUGUUCAGUCGCAGUGCAGUAUCGCAGGGCUUCGUUUUCGUACGCGUCACUGUGGCCUCGCUCUGUUUUUUUUCUUUCUCGAUGGUAUUUGACCAUGAAGUUGAACUUGACUCCGUAUUUCCUCUCAGCUCUCGGUCCAGUGAUGGUUCUAUAAUGAAAUAACAAGAUUUAAUGUUUUAAGUACUCUCAUAAAGUGUUGUGCUGAGUGUAGUACUAACUGGCUGGAUUUUCAGAAGUUUAUUUUGUCUUUUAAUUCCAUGAUUGCCUGCCAAUCUUUAUCGGUGGUCUGACACUGAAGGCGGGUUUAUUUACUAAAAAAGCUUCUGUAUACUCUUAUUGUUUCUUACUAAUAAGCAAAAGGACUUUAAAGGGGUAGUUCAGGUUUUUUAAGGGGGGAUGUAUGAGGUACUUAUCCAUAAUCUGUAUAUUACUAACAGUAGAUGGCGAUCAUUACACCCCCAGUUUGGAGAAACGGACAAGAGCACCGCCACAGGAGCAAAGUAAUGUACUAAUACGGCCGGGGUCAGCAGCAGAACGCAUUUAAGCAACCUAAAAAAAAAUCAAUAUCAGUUAUUUUAGAAUGUUUUCAACACUUUAACUUGAUAUUAUAUAUGCUCUCUUUUGAGCAACAAGACUGCAUUGACAAAAACAGUCAUUUAUCUUGCAAAUCACAGGAGUUUCUGGUCUACCGCUGCCUAAAUUUGUUAGCUUGUUUGUGUUAUUGUGUGACUUUUGUAAAUCCUAACCAACCCUUUAAAACACCAAAGACACAUAAUAACACAAACAAACUAACAGAUGGAGGCAGAGGUAAAACAGAAACUCCUUUUUUCUCAGAGGUGAAAUUACCUUUUUUGUCAGAGGAAUCCUCUGCCUUUGAAGAGAGCGGAGAUCAUUUAUUUAGUUCCCUGUCGCAAGGGGCUUUUGUCUGAAGGUAAAGCAGGUAACAUAUUCUAAAUAUAGCGUACACUUUAACGGAUAUAGAUUUUUGUAGGAUGCUUAACCUUUUGCUGCUACUCCUGUCCACAGCGGUGCAUUGCUCUUCCCCUGUGCCGGUAUUCCUAAUUGCUUCUCCAUACUGGUCCUCCACCAUCUACUGUAGGUAAUACACUGACCAUGGAUAAAGACCUAAUACAACCCCAAUUCCAAAAAAAAUUGAACUAGCUCCCUUUAACAUGUCCUGUUAGAUUUCCUCUCACAUGUUGAUGUGAUUUAGCUCAUGUUAUGUACCCAGACCGCUGAGGAAUCAAUGAUGAAGGGAUUUACAUGGAGCCCUAAAGCAAAAAAACAGAAGGUGGUCAUGUGGACUCAGGCACUCCGUAAUAAGUGAGGGUUGAAUGUAAUGAACGCACAGAUGUUG